AUGAUGCCUAAUUCCAGUCUUUAUUUCCAAUGUCUGAUGGGCAUGCAAUGUAAGGACUUUGCCAUAAUAGCCGCCGAUCAGACGAACACACAGAGCAUUAUCGUCAUGAAACAUGACGAGAACAAACUGUACCACAUGUCGAAUGACCUGGUGAUGGGCGCCAUCGGAGACCCUGGAGACAGGGUGCAGUUCGCCCAGUUCGUCGCCAAGAAUGUGCAGCUGUAUAAGAUGAGGAAUGGAUACCAGUUGACUGCUGCAGCCGCCGUGCAUUUUACUAGGAAGACGCUGAUGGAAGCUUUGAAAGGAGGGAACCCAUCGAUGGUGAACCUGCUGUUAGCCGGUUAUGACGAGAUAGAAGGUGGACAGCUGUACUCGGUGGACUUCUUAGCGUCCAGUGUGAGGGUACCCUUCGGAGUCCACGGCUUCGGUGGUCUACUCAGCCUCGGUAUAAUAGACAGAAACCAUAAGCCUGAGCUAAAAGAGUUCGAAGCCUACGAGAUAAUAAAGCAGUGCGUUCACGAGGUCCACACGAGACUGUUCGUGAGCCUGCCCAACUUCCUCGUGAAGGUGAUCAACAAGGACGGCAUCAAAGACAUGCCCAUCAUCACUCCAGCCACCUACAUACUGAAGCCUUAACUUUCUAGAACGUUCCUAGAAUCCCAAUGGAAGUUUUUAGAAAUCUAGUAGAACUUUUUACUAAACUAAUGAUCAAGGGAGCAACGUCAUGACGAGAGAAUUGCAAAGAUGUUGGUAGUUUUCGGUGCGAUACAAUGACGCAGUAUUUUUUUUGGAUUUGGUCUCUAAAGAGAUUCUUAGGAAAUAAGACUCCAUGAGUAGGCAAAUCACGACAUUAUGACGGCUACGAGGAAGAGCGUAGAGAGUAUAGAAAUACGAUGUUCUUACUCUCUUGACCUAGAUAAUUCUAUUACAGAAAAAGUAUUGAAAUCAUGAAAUGAAAGCUUCAAUUCAAUCGCUUGUGGAGAUGGUCCCAUACUACCACCAUAUAAUAAUCUAGUUUGGAAAUAAUUUGAAAGAACAUAACAUCACAGAGGCUCAUCGCUUCCCGUACGCAAAGUUACGGGCAUAGU